AUGCUGCUACAGCCUGCGGCGUGCGCCCCGAGCGCGGGAUUAGCGCGGCCCCUGGCCGCCCGCGGCGCCAUGCACGGCUCUCAGAAAGAUACCACGUUCACGAAGAUCUUCGUGGGGGGCCUGCCCUACCACACCACCGACGCCUCGCUCAGGAAAUACUUCGAGGGCUUCGGCGACAUCGAAGAGGCCGUGGUCAUCACGGACCGCCAGACGGGCAAAUCCCGCGGCUACGGCUUCGUGACCAUGACAGACCGGGCAGCAGCUGAACGGGCUUGCAAAGACCCCAACCCCAUCAUAGACGGCCGCAAGGCCAAUGUGAACCUGGCAUACCUGGGUGCCAAGCCGAGAAGCCUGCAGCCGGGUUUUGCUGUGGGUGUGCAGCAACUCCACCCUGCCUUGAUCCAGCGAACUUACGGGCUGACACCACAUUACGUCUACCCGCCCACCAUCCUCCAGCCCAGCGUGGUGGUCCCAGCCACCCCCAUCCCCACGCUGUCCUCACCUUACAUUGAGUACACACCGGCCAGCCCCGCCUACAGCCAGUACCCAUCGGCCACCUAUGAUCAGUACCCAUAUGCGGCCUCGCCUGUCACCGCUGCCAGCUUCGUGGGUUACAGCUACCCGGCCACUGUGCCUCCGGCCCUCUCAGCAGCAGCUCCCGCGGGCACCACCUUUCUGCAGUACCAGCCGCAGCUGCAGCCCGACAGGUUGCAGUGA